ACACACACACACACACACACACACACCCUAGACCCUGGGCGUGGAGGCCAGCUGCCCCCUGGACACGCAUACAGAACCAUGUCCCUGUCCAACUCUGCUUCUGUGAUGCAUUAGGGCUUAUUGACUCUUCAAAUCUUAUUUCAUUUAUAUAAUUUAGUUUAUAUUUACUUUUUCUUUCAAAGUUAAUAAAUAUCUCUAAAAGCACAGUCGGGUCACAGAGAGUGUAGUCAUACGAAGGCCCUAGAAACGCCCCCUUGACAGAACCGUUACCAUAGAAACGUUUUUUUUAUUUUAUUUUAUUUUAUAAAGGGUUCCCUGAUUAUGUUGGAAACGAUGGGAGUACAGAAACUAUAAUGUGCCUGUUAGUGGCUCCAGCCGUGUCCCUCUCUCUCUCUCUCCAUCCCCCUCUCUUCUCUCUCUCCCUCUCAUCACUCCAUCACAUUUAUCCCAGUAGAAUGAGGGGAACCUGUGUGUUGGAGGGAGUCUUAAUAAACAUUCCAUUAUGUCUUAAAUAAAAAAAAAGAAAUUACUGUACCGAUCUAUGCAAUCUUAUAUAUCUAAUAUCACAGAGUUCACUAAGGGUCGGGCGGGAAUUAAGCUGAUGAAUUGAUUUUGAAAAUAAAAAAAUGAAUAUGUAACAUCCAUUGUCUAAAUUAAGUGCAAGAAAAAUCGAUUUCUACAAUAUUUGUAAAGAGGGAGGGGAGGCAGGCGCGAGGUGAGUCUGAGGGAUAAAGGAAAAUAAAAGACUUGUACUUUUCCCCGCGCGGGUUUGGCAAGAAAUUUGAACUUUGGAAUUGUGAUUUUCUUCUUUUUUGUACUCUUUAAUAUCAAACCUUACCUGCUGUACUGGAAACUGCAACAACGGCCUUCUGUCUGAACGAUAAGUGAAUUUCACAAGCACACAUAAAGUUUCCUUAUAAAAUACUACUUUCAGUCUCCGUCUGAUUUGUGCGCGUGCGGCUUGUUUCUGUGUUAAUAAGCAUGUCUUGAUUUAUGGUCAAUGAUCCUAUCAUGCAAAUACUCUGAACUAACCCAUAUUCUCCUGAGAGAUUCUAGACCCAGUCCAGUCCAUUCUAGUGCGCUAGUUCAUGUCCACGUAUGUUAAUCGUCGAUUUCAAGAAUUUCACAAGCCACUUAAUUCGAGAUCCCUUGUCCCUCUUUUUCCAGAUUAACUUUAAUAACUUGGCCAAUACAGAACAUAAGCGCCGCAGACCGAAUGAACAUACAAAACCCACGUACACCGACUGCUGCUCGUGCGGUGAGGGACCUAAGACGGUAUAAAGCACGAGACGCAUCUCUGUUUUCGUUUAUGAGUGUUCACAGCUGGUUCUAUGAAUGGGCCGUAUUGUGCUUUGUUCAUCCAGGUAGCUGGUUACUACAAUGAACGUUUUCUGAGUUCUGGUGGUUUAGUAAAGUGGGGCUCAGAGCCCGAGUCUGAACUGGAGAAGUCCGUGUCCAGACUGCCAGUUAUUCGCAGCUUUGGGUUUUUGACCACGCAGGCAACACCGGAACGGAAGGGGGCUGGCCGUUGGCCGUGGGGUGACGGAAAUGUAUGUUUUUGUCAAGAAAGGUGCAGCGGGCAAUCAAACGAGUACACAGACAUAUGGCAAACUCAUAUGCUACCGAGUGAAGAAAGUGUUUGACAUUUUGGAAAUGUGACGGUCUAGAUACUUUAACAUCUGGCUUGGCAGCUGUGUGAAUGCUGCGCCACAUUGGAAGUUAAACUUUAUCUCUGGAGACCGGAUUUCUCAUCAAGAAUGCUCCGUUGAAGGAGGAGGAUAUAGACUAUAAAGUUUGCCUUUAUUAAAUUGUUUGCGGGUUUACUUCAUAAGGCUGGCUUUGGACUCCAGGUACAGUUUACCGCCACCGCACCUUGGAGCAGCGGAGUACACACAGGGGCGCGCGCCUUCAUCAGCGGAGCCGCGUGCCUGGGCGGUGGCGGCGGGAACUAUGCUGACGCUCACCUUCACCUGCCGCGUGCUGCUCAUCUUCUUCCUCUCAGAGACUGUUCAAACCGACAAGUCUCCGACGUUCCUGAUCACAGAGAACAGGUGGCCUCGGGGCUGUGUGCUGGACUGCCACCAGGGGCGCCCUCGAGCCGUGUGCGGCAGCAACGGCCGCCUGUACAAGUCGCUGUGUUCCUUCCAGAGGGCUCGCUGCAUCAACCCCCAGCUCCGCACCGUGCCCAGGGCCCAGUGUGCAGACCCUGGCCGCUCCAGGUGCCAGCUGGCUCGCUCUCUUGCCUUGGAGUCCAGCCGCCACACACACACGGUGGCCAUCUUUGUCCCAGAAUGCACUGCAGACGGAAGCUUCCAGCAGGUGCAGUGUCACAACCAGACAGGCUACUGUUGGUGCUCCACCCAGGACGGCAAGCCAGUCAGUGGGACCUCAGUCCUCAACAUCAGCCCCAACUGCACAGGUCAUUUCUCAGACAUGACUCAGGAAAUGGAUCUGGAAUCAGGCCAACACAGAGACGGCGGUGGACCACAGGCAACCUUAGACCGUGGGAGACCUCUCUCUGCAGAGAUCACCGUGCCUCCCUUCUGGGUGACCAUCCAGCUGAACUCUGACCCCCGAGGGAACCGCUCUGUGAGACGACCAACAGACAGCCCCCAGUCGUGUGAGCUUGAGCGAGCCUCGCGCCUCUCUGAGGUCCGACUCGUCUGGCAGGAGGAGCGUUUUGUCCCAGAAUGCAGUGCGGACGGCCGCUACAGCCCCAUCCAGUGCCACGUUGCCACGGGAUACUGCUGGUGUGUCAGGGUGGAUACAGGCCGACCGCUACCUGGGACCUCCACCAGGAACCGUAUGCCAGACUGCAGUCCAGAGGAGUCCCAUACCGGCCAAUCAGAGAGAAGCUACACUGACAGGCCUCUCCCAGGCUGCCCUGGGGCACGUAAGAAGGAGUUCCUGCAGAGCCUCAUCAGAGCCCUCCAACUGGAAGCAGAGCAUGCUGGGAAAUUGAGUCCUGAUAGAGUAACAGACACCGACCAAUCAAACGCCUCUUCCCCCGUGUCUGCCAUGCCCCCCUCCUCUGCCCCGCUUCAGGAAGCUGCCGAUUGGCCGUCCUCAGGCCCAGGCGGGUCUGUGGGCGGAGCUCUGCGCUGGCAUUUUGUCCGAUUGGACGUGGACGGCAGCGGGCUGCUGAGUGCGCGCGAGGCCCGCCCCCUGCGCCUCUUCCUCCGGCGCCGCCUCAAACCUCGUCGCUGUGCCAAGAAGUUCUCCCAGUACUGCGACAGCAACACCGACCGAGGGCUGAGCCUGGCCGAGAUCACCGCCUGUCUGGGGGGGUGA